UUUGGUCAUUUUGUGGUCAAUUUGUGCCUUUUUUGGCAUUUUGUUAGUACUUUUAUUUAAGUAAGAGAUCUAAAUAGGCCUACUUUCUGCACCACGUGAUACCAGCCAAUGACAGGUAUGUGUUAACGGCGUGUCAAUAAAGUUUUUCUCCUGCUGGAGAGUAAAAAACACGCACAGUUCCUGUCUGUAGCUGUUGAACGGCUCUGCCCGAGGCGAACUUCAACGUUUCAUGGUCACAUGAUUUGCAGAAACAGGGAGUGACGCGAGGAGAGAUAUCUGUUUAGAGGCGAGAAUACUCGGAAAUAUAACCCGCAACUCUUCACGGAAGACAGAAACGCUCCAGUUUUCUUCAGCUUUGUUUUAGUUUUUUUGACUCUGACCAUGGCAAAAGAUCCAGUCCAAAGGAAAAGAGCCAGAAUGGAGAACGGCCCAGUGAAGUGCUGGUCAGCAGUUUACCAACUCUUCCCUCAGUGCAAUGGCAAAAAAGGUGCAGACUUGCUGAAAUAUGUGUCAAGCUUUGUCUCAGAGAAAAGACACGAGUCUUUCCUCUUAAAGAGCCCAGCUGGUGCCAGCUUAAAGAUAGGAGACUUGGAUGACACCAUUUACAGAGGCGACAAGGGCAAGUUCGAUGCGUGGGGCCGAUUCUACCUCCCCAAGAUGGUAAGCAUGCAGGUCAUAGGUGUAGUGGAGGGGGCCUCAUACCUGUGUGAGCAGCUCGUCCUGAUGACCUGUGAGGACAAAUCGGUGUAUGGCUACGAUGGAGAGAAACUGCAUUUGGUGGCUUCUAGUCUGAAGCAGCUAAUUGAUGAGGGAAUCCAGUAUCCAGCUGACCAGAGCUAUUACCUAGGACAGACCUACAGAGAUAUGAACGCAGAGGAAUGGACAAAAAUGAAGAAGUGGCGGGCCCAAGAGCAUCAGGAGAUGGUGACGGUAAAAAAGGACAGAUUCUUGAAGAAUUUUCAAUCCCGCAUAGGAUCUUCACAGCAGCAAACACACACAGGAGCAACAUGAAAAGGACGUUAUAGAUCAUUGAACUGUACGUCAGAGGAACUAGGCAAAGAGAUGAAUCAACAGAUUGGCCUACUGGAAUGAAUUCAAGUUCGACAACUGUAGGCUGUGAUCAGAGAAAAGACUUUGAUGUUGAUUUGUUGGAAUUAGAGGUAGCCGAUAUUUGCGUUUUUACUUGUAUCGGCAUCAGUUGAUACGUGCGUGAGUUCGCCGAUCAAUUAGCCGAUACCAGUGUCGGAAAUGGCUCCGAUACUGCUGAAAAUGCUGGCAUCGGAAUCCGCGAGUACUGGAGUCCAGGCACCGAUCCGAUACCACGUCAUUUAUUAAAUGAGCUCUUACAACAGUGUCGCUGUGCUACAACCUGCAGCUGUUUUAGAGGGACGAGGAGGAAUUGAUUACGUAACACAGACGCAACAGACACACACGUGUGUCAAAGCAGGUUGACGCGAGGUUUGGGGCUAAGCUAAGUAGCACUAGCAUGUCGGCGGUGUGGCAAUAUUUCACACUGGAAUCUCCCACCAGCAUGAGGCAGAUGGCACUAUGAAUCUCCCCUCAGAUUCAUAGUGAUCCUGAUCCGUCCCCCCCAUUUUCAACGACAAACAUUGUCAGUAAAACAGGGGAGUAAUGUUCCGUUAGUUAGACUGUUUACAUUGUAGCGCACAUAGAAAGUCAAGCUUAAUGGUGCGUUCAAGGUCUACACGACUGUCAGAAUUUUCGACGUUGUUCCGAGCUCCAAGUUUCGACUUUCAAAUUCUGACUUUGAGUGUUAGAACCGCCUUCAAAAUAAAAACAAACACAUGUAGCUUUCAAAAUAAGAGCACAUGGAUGUGUUAGCAGAGUCCACCACAGAAUUUACAAGACUGUCAAAUUAAGAAGCCUUAAAUAAAACAUAGAAGAACCCCUAUUCUCCUUUACAAUAAUUCUCUAAAAUAUGCAAUGAUUAAGAUGGAAUAGUGGCAUAAGAAUGUGCGAGAGACACCAAAUUUAGACUUUUAGGGCAAAAAUGUUCUCCAGGGGAGUUUGCCCCCGGACCCCCAGAUGUAUUUAUCAAAUCAAAUCAAAUCAAACUUUAUUUAUAUAGCGCUUUUCAUACAUAAAAAAUGCAACACAAGGUGCUUUACAAAAAAAAAACCUAAAAGACUAAAAGACAACAGGACAGGAUAAAAACUAAGAGACUAAAAGACAACAGGACAGGAUAAAAACUAAGAGACUAAAAGACAACAGGACAGGAUAAAAACUAAAAGACAACAGGAUAGGAUAAAAACUAAAAGACUAAAAGACAACAGGACAGGAUAAAAACUAAAAGACUAAAAGACAACAGGACAGGAUAAAAACUAAAAGACAACAGGACAGGAUAAAAACUAAAAGACUAAAAGACAACAGGAUAGAAAAUAAAAGAUUAAAAAAAAAAAUACAACGGGAAAUAAAUAAAUAAAUAGUAAAAUAAUCAGUUAAAAGCUAGACCAAACAGGUGGGUCUUGAGCCUCCUUUUGCCUGAUGUCCUCUGGCAGGCUGUUCCAUAGGCGCGGGCCUAUUAUUCAUUGUUCCCCAAGUUGCUGUUGCACUACUGUUUGGUAUACUGUUUUAUUUAAAAAUAAUUGGAAAAAUAAAUGGCUUGAAUCUGCUCUAUUUAUUCAUGUUUUGCAAAGGGUUUAACCAGAGCCAGGCCUUACCACAAUGAUAAUCAUAUCACAGUCGUGCAGGUGUAGGCUGAUAUGUUUUUUUUUAUAACAUACUGGUAUCGGAUCGGUACUCGGUAUCGGCAGAUACCCACAGCACAAGUAUCAGUAUUGGUAUCGGGAGGAAAAAAUGGUAUCAGAACAUCUCUACAUUACACUGAGGCAACAGCAGGCCAUUCUCUGGUGAGCUGCUGCUGAUACAGGAAAAAAGAAACACCAAAUUCCUGUUAAUAUGUUUGUUUUGUUAAUAACUGUUUCUUUGUUUGAAUUGAGACUUGUGUAAUAUUUGUUGAAUCGGCAGCACAUAUCAGGGAACGGUUAAGGCUGAUGUCAAAAUAAUCGGCAUCUAAUGAUCAUUUGUGAAUACUAUGUUUAGUUUGGGUUUCUAUCCAUUCAUUUUAAAGCCUAGUAGGAAAAUUAAGGAUAGUGCAACAUUAAUUGAUAAUAGUUUUGCAUAAACAUUUUGUAUAUAGUGUACCUUAUAUUGUAAGUAAAAUAUUUUUCAAUAAAGAAAUUAAGAAAAAUUUCUCACAUGACAUGAACUGAA